CACUCUUCCUUUGCUUAUUUUGUGUUCCAAAGCCAAACUUUCUUUGUCUAAUUAAUCGACUCUUUACUUUAGCAAAAUGGUCAUUAAGAUCCCUUGUACGUUCAUUAAACUCAUGCCCCUCAUCUCCUUAAUCCUCUAUAGUCUUAUUAUCGCAACGGUGAAUACUCAUUCGGUUUUAGCCGAAGAAGUUACCAAAGAAGACCCAGAGUUCUACAUUCUUGAUGAAACUCCUACAAUACAUUCGAAUCUAACAAUAUCAUCCAAAACCCGGCUUCUAGUUUCCCACUACAAAAAGAUCAGAAAAGGGAUGAGAUGUCAUGUCGCAGGUUACAACAUUUGCAACGGCGUAAAGGCGGACAAGGGGACGAAUUCGGACAACGGUGUUGCGGAGGCAUCUGCACCUAUGUUGGCUUUAACCCCAAGCAUUGUGGUGAAAAUUGGGCAAGACUCUCUGAAACCAGCACGUUGUUCGAGUCUUCUUCAACUAGCGUAUCCUUACCGAUUCAAUUUCACGGCGAAAAAUUCUUUGGAAAAGGCUGAGAUUGAACGUCGUCGGAAAGGUAAACAAGUUGUUGUGGCUGACGAUGGAGAAAGAACUGAUACAGGGAUCGAAGUGGUUAAUGGUCGUGAAAUAGGAGAAACGAGUAAUGCGGCAGCGAUAAGAGGCAGGACUGGAGAACAAAUUAUUGACAUAGCCUCUUUGACUGGUCAAAAUAGAGAAGAUCAACAAAUGCAGACUGAUGCAGUUUAUAAAGAAGCCCUUUUAAGUGCAAGAAAUAUAGUUGCUUUGGUGGUGAUCUUUCUGGCCACAGUAGGAUGUAAGACAGGGUUAAAUCCACCUGGAGGGCUUAACAAUGAUGGAAAGGCAGUCUUAGGAAAGGAGAUAGCUUUCUUCAUCUUCAUGCUUGCGGUUUACACCAUGGUUCCUGUUUGCAUAAUAACUCUUGGUCUGCUUUGCGGUGUCACACCACGAAGCCAGAAAGUGCAGAGAAACACAUUGAAGAUUUGCCAUACCUUCAUGUGGGUUGGAUUGAUAGCAUUCGCUGUGGCCUUUGUUUCCGGAAGUUGGUUAAUUGUGCCAAGCGAUAUAUGGUGGUUAAAACUGAUUGGUGCGUUAGCCACACUUGCUGGAAUGAUUGUUAUCAUCUCUUUCAUAUGGUCAAAGAAAGCCAGAAAACAACUUAGGCGCUUCUCUUUCUGUGAAUUGGAUGGUUCAUCUGAUGAUGACGAACCAGCAACUCCUAUGGUUACUACCAAAAAAGACAAGUAGCAGUGGGACUUUUUGAUAUGUUGUAGGUGUAUAUAAUGGGACUUUUUUGAUAUGUGUAUAUGAGGGGAGUUCUGAUAUGAGGAGUAUAUGAUAGGAUUUUGAUCUGUUAUAGCCUUAUAGGAGUAGCUGAUUGAUUGAGUACACGAUUGAUGUAUACUUCUGAUAUGUUCAGCUUCUAAUUGAUGAACAAGUUUUUUGACUCUCUUUUUUACCUCUAUAGUUAUUUGGUUUAAUAAAAAGCUAGCUAACAGCUUUAAUAAAGCUGUCUUCGGACA